UUUCUGUUUCUCGGCAUAGCCCCAGCCCGGUAACACCAGGCACCAGGGCUAAGCUGAGCGGCCACCCUCAGCACCUCAGUGCCUCAGCACCUAGGCAGGUGUUGCAGAUAAGAACCCACGGGGCAAAGGUCAGGUGUAGUUUGUGUUGCUCCCACUACUGUCUUGGCCGGAUCGGGUUCCUGAUAGAUCCCUUCAGUCCUCUUCCUCACCCCCCUCAGAUGUGUUGGGGAAGUCUCUGAACCAGACUGGGCCGGCCAGGAGUCUGACUCUCUUUCCAUUGUCAGAAUGGAGCUGCGACCCUACCAGUGGGAGGUGAUCAUGCCUGCCCUGGAGGGCAAGAAUAUCAUCGUGUGGCUGCCCACUGGAGCUGGGAAAACCCGGGCUGCUGCUUAUGUGGCCAAGAGGCAUCUAGAGACUGUGGACCAAGCCAAGGUGGUUGUACUGGUCAACAGGGUGCACCUGGUGACCCAGCAUUGUGAGGAGUUCAGCCGCAUGCUGGGCAAACGCUGGGCCAUUAUAACCCUGAGUGGGGACAUGGGGCCACGAGCUGGCUUUGGCCACCUGGCCAGGAGCCAUGACCUGAUCAUCUGCACAGCUGAGCUGCUACAGAUGGCGCUGACCAGCCCGGAGGAGGAGGAGCACGUGGAGCUCAAUGCCUUCUCCCUGCUCGUGGUGGAUGAGUGUCACCACACGCACAAAGACACUGUCUACAACCUCAUCCUGAGCCGGUACCUAGAGCAUAAACUCCAGAGGACACGGCCGCUGCCCCAGGUGCUGGGUCUCACAGCCUCCCCGGGCACUGGCGGGGCCUCCACGCUCGAUGGAGCAAUUGACCACAUCCUACAGCUCUGUGCCAACCUGGACACGUGGCACAUCAUGUCACCGGAGAACCAUCGCCCCCAGCUGCAGGAACACAGUGCUCAGCCAUGCAAACAGUACAGUCUCUGCCAUAGGCGCAGCCAGGACCCAUUUGGGGACAUGCUGAAGAAGCUCAUGGACCGAAUCCACAACCGCCUGGAGAUGCCCGCGUUAAACCGCGACUUUGGGACACAGACUUAUGAGCAGCAGGUGGUGGAGCUGAGCCAGGAUGCGGCCCAGGCCGGACUCCAGCAGCGCCGGGUAUACGCUCUUCACCUGCGGCGCUACAAUGAUGCGCUGCUCAUCCACGACACGGUCCGCGCUGUGGACGCCCUGAAGUCGCUGGGAGAUUUCUACGACAGGGAGCGCGCCACGAAGACCCAGGUCCUGCAGGCUGAGCGCUGGCUGCUGGCACUGUUCGAUGAUUACAAGAAUGAGCUGGCCCACCUGGCAACACAGACCCCAGAGAACCCAAAACUGGAGAUGCUAGAACAGAUCCUGCGGGAGCAGUUUGGGCAUUCCGACAGCCCCAGGGGCAUCAUCUUCACCCAGACCCGCCAGAGCACUCACUCCCUCCUACUCUGGCUCCAGCAGCAGCCAGGCCUGCAGACAGUGGACAUUAGGGCUGACCUGCUGAUUGGGGCUGGAAAUAGUAGCCAAAACACCCAUAUGACCCAGAGAGACCAGCAAGAAGUGAUCCGAAAGUUCCGGGUUGGCACUCUGAACCUCCUGGUGGCCACAAGUGUGGCAGAAGAGGGGCUGGACAUCCCCCAGUGCAAUGUGGUGGUACGUUACGGGCUCCUGUCCAACGAGAUCUCCAUGGUCCAGGCAAGGGGCCGGGCCCGGGCUGGUCGGAGCAUAUACUCAUUUGUGGCAACCCAAGGCAGUCGGGAGCUACGACGGGAGCUGAUAAACGAGGUGCUGGAGACUUUGAUGGAGCGGGCCGUGGCUGCUGUGCAGAAGAUGGACCAGGCUGAGUACCAGGCCAAGAUCCGAGAUCUGCAGCAGGCAGCCCUGGUCAAGAGGGCAGUCCAGGCAGCCCAGCGGGACAACCAGCGGCAGCAGUUCCUGGCCGAGCAGGUGCAGCUCCUCUGUGUCAACUGCAUGGUGGCUGUGGGCCACGGGAGUGACCUGCGGAAGGUGGAGGGCGCUCACCACGUCAAUGUGAACCCCAACUUCUCGAUCUACUACAAUGUCUCCCGGGGGCCGGUGGUCAUUGACAGAACCUUCAAGGACUGGAGGCCUGGGGGUACCAUUCACUGCAGGAACUGUGGGGAGGCCUGGGGCCUGCAGAUGAUCUACAAGUCAGUGAAGCUGCCGGCACUCAAAGUCCGCAGCAUGCUUCUAGAGACACCCCGAGGGAGAGUCCAGGCCAAGAAGUGGUCCCGUGUGCCCUUCCCCGUGCCUGACUUCGACUACCUGCAGCACUGUGCCCAGAACCUGGCGGAACCUCUCCCUGGACUGAGCACCUCAUCACUGCAGUGCCCACCUCAGGCUGCAGGGGGCGGGACAAUCCACAGCAGCCACCACCUUGGGGGGGGGGGGCCAAGUCCCUCCUGCCUGAGUCACCAGUUGGGGCACCAUGCUGACCAGCCACAGAGGAAACCAGGGCGUCCAGGCUGGCUCAGACUGUCAUGCUGCGGAAGCACCUCUGAGGGCCACAGCUUAGCCCCAGAGCUCCCCUCAUACCACAGACAUUCAAAGACACUAGAUGGAGGUGGGCGGUGGGGGGUAUUGGGAGGGAAACUGAGGCAGGAUGCUGGCCACACUCUACUAGCAACUACCAAAUUUCCCUUGACCCCUUGACAUUCCUUCCUUAAUAAGGCCACUUCUGUUUUUUGAGGCUCCUCAUAAAUUGAAUAUAGUGGAAAAUUGGUAGAGAGAAGGUAUGGUGGGGCGCCUGGGUGGCUCAGCGGUUGAGUGUGUGCAUUGGGAUCAGAUCAUGAUCCCGGGGUCCUGGCAUUGAGUCCCACAUCGGGUUCCUGCAGGGAGCCUGCUUCUCCUUCUACCUAUGUA